CUUUGCCAAUAUCUCGUUGUUUGUUUACAACCUUGGAACUUCCUGCCUGCUAGCCGCGUUGUAUAUUGUAAGCUACUUAGGUAAUUAAACUUAAAAAAUUAGCUUUCAAGAUGGGAUGUGAUGGAGGAACGAUUCCCAAAAGACAUGAGUUGGUGAAAGGCCCCAAAAAAGUCGAAAAGGUUGAUAAAAAUGCAGAGUUGGUUGCCAAAUGGAAAUACUGUGCCCUAAGCCAGGAGAAACUCAGACGCCCUAUUGUCGCCUGUGAAAUGGGAAGGCUCUAUAACAAGGAUGCUAUCAUUGAAUACCUUUUGGAUAAGUCUGCUGAGAGACCUAAUGCUGAGGCUGUAGCUCACAUCCGUGGGAUCAAGGAUGUAAAGGAAUUGAACUUGACUGAUAACCCUGAGUGGGAGGGAGAGCAAAGAAAUACUAAAGGAGACCGAUAUGAGGGUCACUGUGGCAUGUUUAUUUGCCCCGUUGUUGGCCUGGAGAUGAAUGGCAAGCACAGAUUCUGUUACCUGCAGACCUGUGGCUGCGUAUUUUCUGACAGGGCGAUGAAGGAGGUCAAGACAGAAAUCUGCCACAAGUGUGGUGACCCGUUUAAAGAUGAGGAUGUCAUUGUGCUCAAUGGCACUAAAGAGGAGGUGGAGAAGCUGAAGGAGAAGAUGGAAGAGAGACGAACCAAAGCCAAAAUUAAGAAAUCAAAGAAGAGCAAAGCAGCCGAAGCUGUGUCUACACCAUCAGAAUCAAAAGAUGACAGACAGCCUGCACAAGAAUCCGAAAGGAGUUCACUACAAAAUGGUGGUGAAAGCAGCCAGUCAGCUGUGGCCGGACCUUCGGGAUCCUCCAGUUCCUCUAAAGGCACCAAGUCUUCGACCACCACUACCAAGAGGUCCAUCCAGAACAUGGAGGAGAAGUCAGAGGCCUUCAAAUCCCUGUUCACUAGCCACAGCUCUGCCAAGCGCACCAAAGAGCAGACAUCCAACUGGGUCACCCACACCCCGUAUCACUUCUAGUAACUACCGCUCAGAGCAGAGAUCGACAUUUUUAGAUUGCUCUAGAAACUGUGACCCAUUAAAGACUGAUAAACCUAGCUCUACAUGGCCUUCCCCAUACACACACACACACAUACAUAUUACCCACAUGACCCCUAAUAAUGUCACCAAUUUGUGGAUCCCCAACUUAUCCCUUCAGUCCCCAGUAGCUUAGUGUUUACAUGCCGUUUAAUAGCUCCCCAAGCUGUUCACACAGUUUGUUUUGUAACCUAAUUCCUCCCUCAUGUAUUCAACAACAUCUUUGUGAUCUCACUGGUGCUUUGAGAAUUGAUGCUAAGGUGACAUUAUUAUGUCUGUCACUCUGCUGUCUCCUAGUGGACAACAUUUAAAGUAAUCUCUAACGGUGGUUUCGGAUCACAUAUAGGCUUGUUUUCACUCUCUUCAGUUAAGGUAAAAAAAAAACAAACAAAAAAAAAACCCGAAAAAGUGCAAAAGCUUUACAUCUCUAAAGCAGAUCCUGCUGUGUCAUUUCUGUCAUAAGUAUUGAACAUAUGUAGAUCAUUAAUUCCUCCCCCCUCCCUUGUAAGCUCUGUCAGUAUGUGCUCGACACACGUCUUCUUUGUAGAAAAUAUUUCGGCUGUUUUAUCAGAGGACUUUAUUAAGUAAUUUGUGUUUGUUGCAAAAAUGGGAUAACAACAUAAAAACAGUUUAAAGCAACAUUAUGUCAGAACUGAUCAUUUUUGCAGUUUAGUGCCCUUUAAGAUUGCAUUAAGAUUGCAAUUCACUUACGUACCACUGUCUUAAAUGCAUGUGUAUUUGCUAUAAUCUCCUUAUAAUAAAAACUAAGCAAGUCAAGAGCUUUGUUAGCCAAAAUAGAUAGCCAAACAUCAAGCAAGCACAGUAAAACUCCAGCUAGUAUUUCUUCCCAGCCGUAAGAAGACCAGCCCCAAAGCUCUCGUCAGCUAAAAGCCAGUCCAGGAUUUACUGUUCUGUGGCCUCAUGCUCAUUCACUCUGUUUUUUUCUCUUCUUACUUCCUUCAUCAGUGUCCUCUUUGGUCUCUUUGUCUCUGUCAUGAUAGAUGUCUGGGGUAGGUAGAUGUCUGGGGUACUUACGGUAGUGCCGGUUUUUGCCCGUUUUGGCACCUCUGUAACCUGCUCUGGGCCUGAAAACCUCCUCUGCCGGCAGUCCAAAGCUCCUGUGCUAGGAGCGUCAGCUAGCUGCAUGGCUGAAUUAGCUGACUAACCAAUAGCAGCAACAGUUAGCAGUUACUUUAGCAACAAGUAAGGCUAUCUCUCCUUCCGAAAACUCUGAGAGUUGAUGCAGGACAGCCAGGGGACAUCAGGGGGAAAGCCAGAACACAUUUUCUCCAUAAAAUAUGAUCUAGUUUGACCAACUUAGUCGGGGUGUGUGUGUGUGUGUGGGGAGUUACAAAGUUACAUUGUGCAGGAACAGGAUUUCAGGACACAAUGACAGAGCUACCAUUUUCCUUGUUACAAGUCAGUGUAUCAUCAGAAUGAUUAUGAAGCUGUUUAUUAUAGGUAAGGUAGUUACAUAAUGCUUGCAUUGCAUUGCAAACAAGGUGUCUCUAACUGUCUAUUUUUCCCUUUUUGGAACAUCUUUGGGCUGAGAUUAAGUCCAAAUUUUGUGAAAUUAUAUCAUCAUGUUUGCUACGCAUUCUUCUCCAGACAGUCUUUAAAGGAGAUCAAAAUUGAGUUUUUCCUUGUCGCAAUGGGACAGUCAUUUUCUUUUCUUUAUUACUUUUUUGCGUGUAUCAAGCAAAUGUCAAAUAACUUUCUAUUCAAUGCUAUUAAACUGAUAUUUUAAAUCCCCUCCUUGUUUCUGCAUUGUGCAGCACCUUGUGAAAAUACUUCAACUUAUUGUAGUUGCAAGUUUCCCUCACAAAUACGAGUUCAUUGGGUUUUUCUAAGUGAAUUUCCCCUCUGCGGGAUCAAUAAAAUUCAUCUUAUCUUCA